AUGAAAGCCCCUGAGAAACAAUGGAAGCGUCCACGCAAGCAUGACGGCCCCAUUCAGACACGCAGACGGCAUGCUUAGUGGCGGCCAAACGAGACGAUCAAGCUUCUAAUCUCGGGGAAGAGAAACAGCCAGUGGCAUGUUAGGGGCAAAGCAGCACCCUCUCCGAGGGAGCCUCCUGCUGUCCCUGUUGUUCCUGCUGGGCACGUACGCGUUGCUGUCGAAGGCGGCGGCGUUCCCGGACUGGACCGACUGUCCGGCGGUGUGCAGCUGCAAAUGGACAUCGGGCAAGAAGUCGGCGCUGUGCCACGACGCGGGUCUGACAUCUUUGCCGGCAUCUUUGGACCCGGCGAUGCAGGUGCUGGACCUGUCCGGUAACAAGAUCCCGGCGCUGCAGUCGGAGAUCUUCAAGCGAUCCGGCCUGCUGAACCUGCAGAAGGUGUUCCUGAGGAACGCGGGCAUCCACCAGAUCCACGCGGACUCGUUCCGCAACAUGACGAUCCUCGUCGAGAUCGACCUGUCCGACAACCACGUGGCGUCGCUGGAGCCGGGCACCUUCCUGGGCAACGAGAGGCUGCGUAUCCUGAUCCUGAGCGGGAACCCGUUGACCAGCUUGCGGAGCCACCAGUUCCCGGUCCUGGAGCACCUGAGGACCCUGGAGCUGCAGCGGUGCUCCCUGUCGGAGAUCCACGGCAAGGCGUUCGCGCACCUGACCGGCCUCGAGUCCCUCCGGCUGGACCAGAACGAGCUGGAAUACGUGGACGCGGCUGUGAUCUCGAACCUGCCGCGACUGAAAACCCUGACCAUGGACGGGAACCGAUGGAGCUGCGACUGCCGAUUACGGGACUUCCGAAGCUGGCUGAUCUCGGACGUGCCGAGAAAACUGUAUUCCGUGCCUCAAGUGUGUUCGUCGCCGUCGCGGCUCGAGGGUCGCAAGUGGGAGGACGUGAAGCCGGUGGAGUUCGCCUGCGAGCCGGUGGUCUUCGUCCUGGCGAGCAGCGUCCAGGUGGAAGUGAACGGGAACCUGAGCCUGGCCUGCCUGGCCACCGGGGACCCGGAGCCCGAGGUCUGGUGGCAGCUGAACGGCGGCCCGUUGAACGCCACCAAGCUCGCCGAACAACCAUAUUCGGGGACUUACGUCGCGUACGCGACCUCCGACCUCGGCCGCAACGGGCACCGCGACGAGCGGCCCGCGGCCGGCCGGGUCGCCGACAAGGUGACCGACAGGUGGAGCAACCUGACGGUGUACAACGCGAGCGACGGGGACGCCGGGGAGUACGCUUGUUUCGCGCGGAACAUCGCCGGCCUGGCCAGGGACACGGUCAGCGUGGCGAUCCCGCGAGUGUACACAGCGCCCACCCUCUCCCAGAGUGACAAUUGGCUGCUGUGGGUGAGCCUGGCCGGCGGCGGGGCCGCGGCCCUCUGCGCCUCGAUCUCCGCGGUCCUGCUGGCGCUUUGCGUGUGCGGUGGCGCCCGAAGGCAGAGUGCUCGCGAGAAGGUGAAACUGCAGGGCAGCACCAGCUUCGGCGACCAGGAGAAGAAGCUGCUGGACCUGUCGGUGACGACGACCACGCCCGGGAACAGCAACGAGCAGGGCAGCGGCCACGGGAGCAUCGUCGAGACGUACAGCGCCGGGGACCUGGAGCUGGCGGAACGGGGAUCGAUCUGCGACCCCAUGAGCGCCGCCACCGUCACCAUCGAGAGACUCAGACCGGAAGCGGCGGCCGGUGGCGCCGCGAAUGCGAUCAGAUCGGUCCCAUGCGCCGCCAUGUUCCCUCCGCCGCCGCCGGAGUUCACGAACGGCGUCCUACCGGCCGGCAUCUUCGGGAACAUCUUCAUCUCGGUGUCAGUGCCGCAGGACUCGUCCGAACGAUGCUAUCCGGACCUCUUGGACCUGCCUGUACACGGAGGCGUGGUCAAUAAAUCCAGCGCCGCCGUAGCGGCCGCCUCGAGCGUCUCCAGCUUCGCGACGCUGCCGCGGCGGGCCCUGAGGUCCACGGACCUCUGCUCGCCUUACGACAAUAUGGGGCCCCGCGUCACCGCGAACGGCAGCUCCGCGUUCUCCCUGACCGACGUGGACCUGCGGCUGUCGCCCCCGCCGCCCCCGCGGAUCAUACAGCCGCCGCACGAGUUCGUCUCUCUGUAAGGACCGGCGCGCCGAAAACCCCCGACGGCUUUCGAACAAAUAGUCGGUAUACUUAUUCAUCCGUCGCUUUCCCUCCCACGUUCAGUCGCGUACUCCUCAACCCGUUCGGCUCGGAAUACAA